AGGUACACCGGCAGAUACAUUGCGAUGAAGGUGGCUAGAAGGAUUGCAGGAAGCUAAGUGAGUGCUUUGAUUGUACAUCAAUACACCAAGCCUGCACGAUUUAGUCCAUUUCUCAAGUUCAUUGAGUGUUUUAUAGCUUGACCUCAGAGUGAAGCUUCUCACUAGAUGGGGCCGCUGUCCUCCGGACUAGAUGUGUUUACAUUGGCCGAGCACUCAUUGAGUAACAGUUUAUAUUAGAGAUUAAGCUAAUUAUAGCUCUGUUUUAAGCAACCCUUAUUCUUUGCCAAAGUAAAGUCAAAAAUUGUAAAUUUGCUUUCGGCUUUUCAUUCUUUUAGCAUCUACUACAUUUGUAACGCUCCGGAUGUUUUAGGUGAUCCGAGUGCUCUCUCUGAAUCUCUGGUUCCAAAAGCUCUUUCGCCAUGAAUAUCUGACCUUUGGCCUCUGUAGAACCUUCUUUGUACAUCUGAAUUUAAGAAAAUGUUCUAAAAAAAAUUAUUUUUACAUUUUCCAAGACACAAAGAAGCCUCAUGGUUCUAAGUUCAGUUUCCAAAACCACUUCUUUACACAAUGCAUCAACAUCUUUUUAAUUUUCCUCUUUUUCCCACCAAUUUCUCCUCUGCUAAUUAUAUACCUUUUUUUUUUUUUUUUUUUAAAGGACACAAGGGGCUUUAAUUUGAUGUAACAUAUAUAUAUAUAUAAAUUCACAUUUAUUAUUAAAACAAAUGCAAAAAUAACAGAACUUUUUUUCACAGUUUUUGCAAUAAUAUGUGCAUAAUAUGGCCAAUUUAGGAAAACUAACAAUAUAAAUUCAUUUAUGUGCCUUUAUUUACAGAGUAUCUCAUAUGUGAAGGAUUUCUGUUUAUUGUGAAAGUUACAGGUCACAAAAUACAAAGCGUAACAUAAAAUGUCAGUUUUGCAUUUUUUUUAGACAUCUGCAUGUUUGUCUUGUAAAUGUAAUAGCCAUCACAGAAAACAAAAUUGCCACACAAAAGUAUAUAUUUAUAUAAAGUAGACAUCACAGGCUAUUUACCUAAGGUUAUUUUGACACUUUUUACAUACAGACAUAUAACAAGGUUUUUGUAAUGUAUAUUUCGUAAAGCUGGUGUGUGUUAUUCCGGCACAGAACCCCAUAUUGUGUUCAGCUACAUCUGCUGAGUAUAACGAUACCAACAUUGUAUGCCUUUGGCACUAUUCUGUGAAGCUACAAUGCUAUAUAAUAGACAAGGCUAUUUCAGUUUCUAUAGUUAGAAUCAAAUAGAGUCAAAUAAACCCACAAAGGCCUUCAAUUUGAGUAAGCAAACCUCCAGGGUAUCUUAUAUGGCGUAUAUUGUGCCUUAACUUGCUGCCAUUUUUUUUUACUAAUUUAUGUCAAUGCUUGUGAUGAAAGAUUUUUAAAAAAAUGUUUGCAUACAUGUUGCAUUUUUGCUUGGUAUGUUGUACAUUUGAUAUGCGCCACUGUAAUAAACACACACACACCGCUGGGACUUCCACUUCCACAUAUGUUCGUUUCCAAUCAUCUGAGAGAAGCGGUGUUCGGUGGGAGCAUACUCCCAUACAAGAUACACUGUAAGAGCGUAUGCAUAAACAAUUUAAUCGUAUGUAUUGUUGUAUAUUUGUACUCCCAAAAGAGACCGACAGCACAGCCUGAUUUCAUGGAACUAUUUUGGGCAGGCGCCUCGUGUGCAGUGGGUCUAAACUAUACCCCGGUGGCGUUUCAGAUAGGUUUGUGAGAUCUGAGCCAUUUUUGGAUAUAAUGGGCGCUCAGAUCCAGGCUAUCCGGGGAUAUAGGACUUAAGGGAGUACCUGAUUGUUCACUAUAUGUUUUAGGGUGUUUUUGUUAUGUGUGUAUUGAACCUGAGAGUUAAUGUAAUUAUGUGUGUGCUUUUACUGAAGUCCCCUCUCAGGUCCAGUGGGGAAUGCCCAUGGAAUAUGUAGUUAGAAACCCCUUGCAUGGGGAGUUGCAUAUAAGGCCAGUUGUGGCUACCAUUACACCAGUUCAGCCCUGCCUCGUGAUUGUAGGGAACUCUAUACAUGCUUUGUAUCGCUUUGAUUACUGCUUGGGAAUACUACAGCAUUGCUCAUACUAGGGGGGAAGGACAUCUCUGGUGGCGGAAACCACUCUUCUCUCUGGGUGGCCACCACAACACCCUUUCCUCCGUGAUCUUGCAAUGCCUCCUGUCAGAAUUCCCGAACGUCCUGUCACAGACAGGAUGCCGGUGAAACUACCGAAUUUCGUCCUAUCAGAAUGAGAACAGUUUGUCCAUUCUUGUUAGGAAGAUAUUUGGUACUUUUAGGUUGGUUCGAAGUUUCAUUCAAAUUAUUGAAAUCCUGAUCCGUGCAUCUUGCAGCCGCUUAGUAGAUAGCUCGCUGAUUCCCACUGUAUUAGGGAGCUAUCUACCAAAUUGGCCAACUUGACAAAUACGAAGAAAAGAUUACUUAGUAUUAAUAAAUAACGGAGACUGCCCUUAUUCGCUAUGCCGCGGGUAGAGGCGUGUCUAUUAAACAGUGAGCAUCCUGUGGCUGCUCACUGUUGUAAAAAAAAUAAAGCCCCCCCUCCCCCCAAUAAAUGGCCCCAUGGAGUGGGGGCUAUUCAACUAAACGGGGACAUAGGGUUUCAUAGUGUGAGGGGGCCAAGCGGGUCCCUAUGUCUCCCGUUUAGUUCCAUAGCCCACUUGCAGGGCAUGGGUGAGGGCACGGGGGGACACUAUGUCCCCCCUGCUAGUUUAUAUAUGCCAUUUGGUGAGGGGGGCAUUUUUAAUUUUUUUUUAUUUUAUUUUUUUACACAACAGUGAGCAGCCAUAGAGUGAGUGAAGACCUGGGGGGCUUAGGAAGUGGCAGGGAGCACAGCUUCCUACCGCUUCUAUUUUUAAAUAUUACAAGGAAGGAGCUGCAAGCUGGUAGCCUUCUACUUGUAAGAAAUAGAACGAACAAACACACACCAACAUUUGGUGUUUGCUUGUUCGUCUGAAAUUUCUAUUCAUUCCUUUGUCUUUCUGAUGAAUGAAUAGACAAAAUUCCCAUCCGAAUUUUGGACAGUAGCGAAUGGCCAAGUGUUUAACUGGGCAUGCGUGUGAAUUUUACAGUGUGGGCAGAUGAUGUGUCCCACAGGGCCUUCAUCUGCCCACACAAGGAUGGCGGCAUCCAGGACCUAGGUCCAGGCACGCAAUAAAGAUAAAAAAAAUAGGUAAUAUGGGGUCUUAGGGGUAUUUGGGAGUGACUAGGGGGGCAAUUAGAAGUGGUGGAGUCAGGAAGGGGGGGGUAAAAAACAAACAGAUGCGGCCAUGACAGUGCCGCUUUAAGACUAGUUUGGCAAGUUGUUUCUUUAAACUACCACACAAACGCAUACCAUUUCUUAAAGAAUGCACCUCAGGGUCUUUCAAAAGGAUCAUUUUUUUGCUACUGUAGUGAUAAUGAGCAUUUUUGUUUAACUUUUUUUUUUUUACUUUGUAAAACUUUUUUAAAUAUGUUGUAACUUUUUUUUUAAAACUUCUUUUUUUACUGUAAAUUUCUAACUAGCCUUACACUAAAUUCUCCAAUUUCCCACUAACUUCCUCCAAUCCCAGCUAACCGAUAAAUAAUACAAAAAAUAUUAUAAUAAAUUAAAUAUUUUUAAUAAUAAUAAAAAAAAAAUGUUAACCCUCAGGAGUUAAACAAAAAAAACAAAAAAAAUCAGGUCACAGUAAAAUACUGUGAUCUGUAUUUUGAUCACUGCAGUAAUAAAAGGGCAUUGAAAGGGUUAAGUUGUAUUAAAAUAGUAUAAAGGGGGUUUGCAUUUUAAUAAACAUGUUUUCUUUUACAGAUAGAAACAGAUCAGCACUGAUCCGUCUCUCUCCACAGCUUACACGGAGGUGGAGGGAGGCGGGUCAGAAGUCCUUGCAGCACAUGUGAUCGCUGUAGCUGGCUGCGAGAGCGAUUACAUGUGCUGCUAUAGUGCGAUUGACUACUGGCGGUCUGCCUAGGACAUCUAAGCAGAUUGCAGCAGCAUUAGACCUACAAUUGAUGUGAUCUGGUGUUAAUUUUAAUAAAUGACAGAAAUUUUCAGUCAUGAAUCCUUAACGGCAGGACUGCCAUGACAGAAUAUUUCCAUUUAGCGUCACCACAGCGUGAUUGUAUGUCACUAUAAUCAUUUUACCUCGUUAAAUUGGCUCAUUGAAGUGGUUAUGGUGCCUGGGAUCCCUGGAGCUGUCCCUCAAUCCAGCGUUAAACUGUUUUCAAGCCAUUUAGCACUGAAUGAGUGUCCCACUGGAGGUAUGGCUAAGGUAGAGAUUACAAACAUCCUCCUAGCCACAGCAGUUCAUACUGGCAAUGAAUUAUCCCAAUUUUUCCCAUCCCUGCUUGUAACCUUGCGUAAUAUUUUUGAGAGUCCUAUUGAACCUCUCCACCAGUCCAUCGGUUUGGGGAUGGUAUACCGAUAUCUUAAGGAGCAGUCAUAGCUCCUUCAUAAGGCGUGAAACAAAAGGGGUACACUGAUUGGUAUGGAUUUCCUUGGGUAUAGCAACUCUAGAAAAUGUUUGUAAUAGCCCUUUAGCUUUUGUUUUGGAAGCAGUAUUGCGGAGGGGUAUCGCCUCUGGAUUGCGUGUGGCAUAAUCCACUACAACCAAAAUGUACUGGUUACCUUUGGCUGUUUUCUCUAGAUCCAUGGCAAUUCUAUCAAAAGAGGUUUCAAUUAUGGGUAAUGGGAUAAGUAAUGUUUAAGACACGUCAACUGACAUUCUGAGCAUGAAGCACAGAACCUUUUGACUUCCUUAAAAACCCCAGGCCAAAAUAACUUCUCAAGAUUCUUAACUGGGUUUUGUACACCCCUAAAUUUCCCCCAAACAAAUGAGAGUGGGCCAAAUCCAAGACCUUUCUCCUAAACGGGCGCGGGACCAAAAGCUGUUCUAUUUCAUACCCGUUCUAUUUAAUCACUCUGUAUAAGAGAUCAUCCCGUAAAAAGAAAGGAGGAUUAUUACGUUUUCCUUCUACAAGUACACCAUUAACCUCUACAACUCCUUUAAAGGCCUGUUGUAACGUCAUGUUUCUAGUUUGUUCCCUUCCAAAAUUAAAACAACUGCGCAUGCGUUCAGUCUGCUGUUUCACUUUUUUUCUCUACAGAGGGUAUGGCAUCAGCACUUGUGACUGGCAUCUCAUCUUGAUCAUAAUCAAGCUCUAAUCAGGACUUCACGUAAUCGAUUUGUCCCCCUGUACUUAUCGUUUCUCAUUUCUCGCUUUAACGUGCGUAUUUUACUUUCUUAACAAAGAAGUCAGGGUGAGUACAUGAAAAAAACACUACAGGCACUACAUCACUUGCCAACUCCAGUGGCUUGGUGGUUACCUGCUUCUGCCCCAAGGUUCUAAAGUCAGGGAGAUCCCGACCCCCUGCAAUGAAGGUAAUAUCACUCUUUGUUUCUUUUUCCCCAGGGUCUGUACCGAUUGUAAGAUUUUCAGUACUCACUUCUGACAUCACUUGUAGCAAGCUGGCAAGGUCUAGCGUCAUAAACCACAGAAACUGUUUUCUUAAAAUCUGAGGAAUGCUUUAUUUAGCAAGCCAGCCUUACUUUAGCCACAACAAAACAUUGAACCGCUAAGCAGACCCCAGUAGUUUAACAAAUAAAAUAAAACGCUUGCAGAAUAUCUUCUCUUGCCUAUGGCAGUCUCUUUCUCUGUCUCUCUGUCUCCACCCCAGCUCUACACAGGAGAGACUGAUUCCCCUCUGCAUAGGAUUUAUGUAGCUCCCUAAUUAGUAUUCUAAAGCAGCCCGAUUUUAACCCCCUCUAGUCAGGGAACACUGAAAGUGCCAUUCUGGGGCUAAUAUAGCGGUCUUCCCUCACACUGCUACAACAUAUACAGACACAUUGCCAUUCACACUUACAAUGCCACACACAGAUGCCCACUGACACAUAUAAGCGCAGAUAAGUCCGAGAGAUACUCAGAUUGACACACAUACAAAUUUACAUUGACAAAUCCUGACAUAGAUGCAGAGAUUCAAACACACAGAUAUACAAACACUGGCAUACAUGCACAGAUGCUUACAUUGACACAUAUGCAUAGAUACAUUGCCACACACAAACAGAUUGUGACACACUUAGAACCACUUACCCUCUCUCUCAGUCUAGCUCUCUUCCCUGUUGUCUUUAACUGCCUCCCAUGGUGGCCCAGUGCUGGUGCUGCUAUUUUUGGAUUUGCUGGUGGUCCAUUGCUGGUGCUGGCUAUUUCUGGAUUUCCUAGUGGUCCAGUGCUGGUGCUGACUGUUUUUUGAUUCCCUGGUGGUCCAGUUCUGGCUAUUUUUGGGUUCCCUAGUGGUGCAGUGGUAUAUAUAGAAUAUCCUGUCCCUCGCGUUUUCAACACUCAGUCUUGAGUUAGAGCACAGGUUGCGCUCUGACUCACUAACUGAGCGCUGAAGCUGCAAGUGGGAGGAUAUAUAGUGUAACAGCCUGGGGUUCAGAGUGUCAGAUACACCACCGGACCACCAGGGGCCUAGCUGGAGGCAUAAGCAGUGCAACAGCAGGCGAGCAAAAUGUAAGUAAAUUAAGCUGCUUGCAGCUUCUGUCUCUGGCGGACAAACAGAACUCCAGGCCCCAGUCACCGUCUAAAUGUUUGCAACCCUGGUAGAUCUGCCAUUGGGCUAGUGCUUCCUAACUUGACCAAGCAAUACAAUCUCGUUUAGUAUUAAAAAAAAUAAAAUCAUAUCGAAGGACAGUGCAAAGGGACUCCAGACACUAUAACCACUUCAUUAAGAUGGCACAGUUACAGAACCUACAGUGUCCCUUUAACCAUUUACCCACUCCCUUGUCCCUCCCUAUCGUCCUUCAUUCGGUGUCCCCUCGGCUCCACAACCAUUAGCUCUGCCUCACCUGCUUCAUUUCAUGUUAAACCCCUACCCUCAUAUUCUGGCCUUUCACCUCCAUAACCAAUACAUUGUCCCCAUCUAUAGUGUCAAGCAAACUGUAUAAUACUGUACAUCAUCUCGGAGAAUGGUAAACUGGCAGGGAGUGGAGGAAAGUAAACAUAUCGGAGAAUGGUAAACUGGUGGGAAGUGGAGGAAAGUAGACAUCUCAGAGAAUGGUAAACUGGUGGAGAGUGGAGGAAAGUAGACAUCUCGGAGAAUGGGAAAGUAGACAUCUCGGAGAAUGGGAAAGUAGACAUCUCGGAGAAUGGUAAACUGGCAGGGAGUGGAGGAACGUAAACAUAUCGGAGAAUGGUAAACUGGUGGGAAGUGGAGGAAAGUAGACAUCUCGGAGAAUGGUAAACUGGUGGAGAGUGGAGGAAAGUAGACAUCUCGGAGAAUGGUAAACUGGUGGAGAGUGGAGGAAAGUAGACAAUAUUCUCUGUUCAGAUAUAAAGGAUGAGACCUAUAGCCUAGCUUUUACCUGCAUUUCCUGAUCUGCCACUGGGAAAACACUGAGCCUGGUUUCUAGUCAGCAUUGCUCCUCUGGCCAAGUACCAAAGUCACUUAUAUAUAACUCUUUUGCCCAUGCCUAUGUUUAUUGGUUGCGACUGGCAGUGUAAAUUCCACGUGCCAAAUCUAUAUUUAGGGCACCAUAUCAUGAGUUCUUUGUUUUGGGCUGUAACUUAUAACUAAGAGUAAGCAGACUAGCCCAAUGUUUCAUUAACCCAACCGCCUUCCCAGCUCAUAAUUUACUCUGCUGACAGCACAUUCCUGUCUGCUACUUUGUUUUCUCUGUCUUCCCUUGCUAAUCCUUUAAUAAGCAGCACAAAUUGGGUCUAUGUAAACAAACACACGCUAGUCUCUAAAUAAUCCAACAUCAAACUCACUUCCUGUUAGAAAUCCUGUCAAGCUCAUAAAUUACAUAAAGGAUGCUUUGGCUACAAUGGGACCAUGGACUGCGCUAGAAUAUCUUUAUAGUGUGUAACCAAGGAGGGGUAGAGGGUACAGGGGAGGAAGGAAGUGCGGGUCACAUUGUGACUGUGUGGAGACCACAAACAACACGAACACAGGCCAUAGAUUUACUGAAAUGAGCAAAAAUCACUUAAUGUAGUGAUUAGAAUGAUUUCCUCCAAUGUAGGCCAAGAUGGGUUGGAGUUUGUAGGGUUAACUGUUCCUGGGGCUUACAUUGACAAGCAUAAGGCUAUAAUCAAAUAGUAUGGGGAUCAGAGACUAUUGUUCUGUUAGUGGACACUGCUAUUUUUAUUUUUUCUUAUUUUUUUUUUUUUUUUAAAGAGGACCAGAGAGGACUAGAAUGCAGUCUUCCCAACUGCAGAAGACAACUGAGUCAGGAUCUGAAGAAACUAAGACCUUUACCAUGUAGAGAUACUAGGCCAACAUUGAAAUAGAUAAGUAGGACUGUAAUGAAGGCAUAUGUCUGCCCAACUGAAGAAGACAUCAAGAUCAGGAUCCAAAUUGUUGGGUCAACAUGGGAAAAGAACCACAGUAAGAGGAAUGUCUGUCCAGCUUCAGAAGACCACUGGGCAGACCAGGAUCGGAAGAGCCAAAAGCCUGUAGUGUGGAGGAUUUCCAUUUAAGGAUCCCCUGAGACCUGUAAUAUAGGAUACGUUUCUAUUUACAAUGGGGAACCACACACUUUACGGAUCUACUUUCAGUCUCUGUUGCAUACUUUUUUUUCUUUCAUACUUUUCACCCUUACAUUUCAAUUUGUGUAACUGUCUUCCUCAGACUUGCCCCUCUUUCAUUUUUCUUUUGAAUUCAACUCUUUACUUGUCUCUUUUUACCCUCUUUUCAUCUACCUCCUUAAAUAUUCCUAAUUUUGCAUUGGAUCCUGUAGAUGAUUUUCUGCCAGUCAAGGAUGAAAAACAGAAUCCUGUAAUGUGAAGUGAAGUCUCACUUGCUGAGGAGAUCUGGAGACUUGUUGGUGAAGUGUUUUACCAGCAGUAGAGGAGUAAGGGAGGUCUGUAGUAUGGAUAAAUGUUUGCCGAACAGGUUAGGAGAGCCCAAGUAUGGAGUGUUGCCUAUUCAGUGGAAGAGGAGAAACUGAGGCUUGUUGUUGAAAAAACUGACUGUCUGUCUAGGAGAACUUCUUACCUGUAGUAUGGAUGAUUCUCUGCCAAAGAGCAGAGAGCAACCUGAGGCCUGUAUUGUACAGCUUUGCCUGCACUAGACCAGAGGAGAACCUGGUAUGUGUAGUCUGGAUUGCCUACCCAGGAGAAAAGAAAAACCUCGGACCUUUAGUGUGGGUGAUUGCUGACCCAGAAACAGAGGAGAAGCUUGGGCCAUUAGUGUGGAAGAUUACCUGCACAGGAGCAAAGUAGAACCUGGUGCAUGUAGCAUGGUGGACUGCAGGUACAGAAGCAGAGUAGAACCUGAGGCCUGUGGUGUAAAGGAUUCCUGGUCUAGGAGAAGAGGAGAACCCAAGACUGUAAUAUGAAGGACUGUGUGUACAUUUUGUUAGUUCUACAUAGCUCUUACAUUUAGGCAGUUGAGUCAGUGUCCAAAAGAAGUAUUUAAGUAUUCUUAGUUCAAAAUUUCAUUUGUGGUUUGUUUAAUGUAUUGUUAAUAGAAUAACACUAAACUGAAUUAACUCUUUGAGUGCAAGGAAGGUGCUUAGAUCACUGAGAGAAAUAGUUCUUUGUCCUAUGUGCACCCUACUACUUGUGUUGGCCAGGUGCUCUGUGUUUAGUUUCCUUUAAUUAAUAUAACCCAUCGGGUUAAACAAUGGUCACGUGUGGACCAUAAACCCUUCUCAUUCAUGGUGACCUGCGGUCGAAAAGAUUUUUCAAGAAGGAAGCAAAACUGCUGGUUAAGUUUCCUGCCCGACUUCCUGUUUCUUUUUAAUUUCUGAGUAUCUUUGGAGAGGAAGUUACUUUACAUGAAGCACCGGAGACUUUUUUUGGAGAAAAGGAGGGGGGGGGAGUUGGUAGAAAGCCACAAUUCUUAUUAUGGUUACAAAUAGAAACCCAGGUGUGGGAGACCUUGCCUUCACUGGCCUCAAGGGUCUCCUGCUUCACAAGAACAAUCCACAAUGUGUACCUACCCAGUGACAAUUGUUACCAUUAAUAAAAACAGCAUAAAACAAAGUCCUAGUGUUAGGCCCUAUCUCACUAUCCCAGGUGGUUUCCCUGGUAUCCGUUGGAUACUAAAAAGUGCUAAACUAACUUCAGAAUUUUGUGCAUGGGCAUCACUGGGAGGUGGUUUACUGGCACGGCAGACCAGGAAUGCCAGAUUUUGGGGGGCAUAUUCACCACCAGUUACACAAGUUAAGCCCCUGAGAACCCCUUAAUCUAGCAUUGUUACCUCCCAUACAAACUUCUGACAACAUCCUUCACCAUGUAGGGAGGCAAGAUAAAAUGCUACUCGUAUUGUGCACAAUUUUUUAUUUUAACUAUAUUUUAGCACACACAUGUAAUCCUGCUUUAGUCUGUAUUCCUGUACCACCUAGAAUUUACAAAUAUUCGGUGGCAGUCUACAAUUGAUAGUGCUAAAGUGGAGAUCGGAUGGAAUGAGAACACAGAACAUUAGAAGGUCCAAGGAUGCCGAUCGACCCAGGUAAGAGUCACGCUGUUUAAAAACAGUUUUACUUUUUAGUGUGGGACAACAUCUGGGGACUACUGGCGUGGUUAUGGUGCUUAGACUGCUCCUUUAACCCCUUAAGGACCAAACAUCUGGAAUAAAAGGGAAUCCUGACAUGCCAUGUGUCCUUAAGGGGUUAAACUCUUACAAAAUGAGCAAAAAGACUUAACGAACCUGCACAUCCACGCAUUCUCACGAGAUUUGAGAGACCUGUGAGUCUCACAUUGUUUAUUGUGAAAAAAAAUGUACAAGAUGAAAUGCUUUCAAUAAAAAUGUAUUUAAUUUAAAAAAAUACUUAAGAUGCAUGCUGGGAGAAUUGUUUUAUGCGCAAGAGACAAAUAAUGGAAGUGACCUCACACCGUUCGCACUAACCUACCCAGUGACUUCACACCGCUCGCACUUACCUACCCAGUGACUUCACACCGCUCGCACUAACCUACCCAGUGACUUCACACCGCUCGCACUAACCUACCCAGUGACUUCACACCGCUCGCACUAAGCUACCCUGUGACCUCACACCGCUCGCACUAAUCUACCCGGUGACUUCACACCGCUUGCACUAAUCUACUCAGUGACUUCACACAGCUCGCACUAACCUACCCACUGACUUCACACAGCUCGCACUAACCUACCCAGUGACUUCACACCGCUUCCACUAACCUACCCAGUGACCUCACACCGCUCACACUAACCUACCCGGUGACUUCACAUCGCUCGCACUAAUCUACCCAGUGACUUCACACCGCUCACACUAACCUACCCAGUGACUUCACACAGCUCGCACUAACCUACCCAGUGACUUCACACCGCUCGCAUUAACCUACCCAGUGACUUCACACCGCUCGCACUAACCUACCCGGUGACCUCACACCGCUCGCACUAAUCUACCCGGUGACUUCACACCGCUUGCACUAAUCUACUCAGUGACUUCACACCGCUCGCACUAACCUACCCAGUGACUUCACACAGCUCGCACUAACCAAGGCAUUUGCCUUGGGCGGCAUUUUCCAGGGGGCGGCAAAUGCUUGUUAGCCUUGCGGCUAACUGACAUGCUGGGCUGGCGGGCGGCUGGCGAGGGAGCUCUUCCUCUGAGCUGUCUGCUCAGCUUCCUCGCGCACUGCAGAGUGAGGCUGGGAACUGGAAUAUGACGUCAUAUUCCGGCUCCCAGCCUCACUCUGCGGGCGGCGCACGAGGGAGCUGAGCAGACAGCUCAGAGGAAGAGCUCCCUCGCCAGCCGCCCGCCCAGCAGCCACUGGACCCCCUGGGAGAAAGAGAACCCCACCUUCCCCCAGCAUUCCCAAAGGUAAGGAGGCUGGGGGGUAAAUAAAAAAAAAAAUGUGUUAAUGUGUGUGUAUGUGUGUAUGUGUAUCUGUUAGUGUAGGUGUGUCUGCUAGUGAGUGAGUGUGUGUCUGUUAGUGUGUGUCUGCUAGUGAGUGAGUGUAUGUCUGUGUGUGUCUGCUAGUGAGUGAGUGUGUGUCUGUGUGUGUCUGUUAGUGAGUGUGUGUGUGUCUGUUAGUGUGUGUUUCUGUUAGCUAGUGUAUGCGUAUCUGUCAGUGUGAGUGUGUGUGUAUUUAGAAGGCAGGGUGGGGGGAAGGGUUAGGGUAGCACAAAACCAGGAUACACCACUGAGUACGGGUGUGUUGAGAUAUAAGGACGAGGAUGCAAUGAUUUUAGGUCUGUGUUUUAUAUAAUUUAUUUUCAACACAAACCGAAAGUGUUAUUCUAAAAAAAAAUAAAAAAAUCUUUAUUUCACAUAACUGCAUUCCUGCCUGUGGCCAAUUGCUGCCAGGUUCGGUAAUUUGAAUUUGUCCAUUUAUUUUUAGGCUACAAUACUCAGCAUUUGGCUCCUUGUGAUUAAUUUUAUUAGCAAGUUUGGUAGCCUAGAUCUCUCCCUGCAUGUAGUGAAGGGUUAACUAGAGAAGGCUUUUCUGAUCCCGAAUAAUGGUAGUGAAGUGCGUGGUUGGUAGGGAUACACCUGCAUGAUUCUGAGUGCAGACUGGGAAGAGUUACAUGGGGAAUUCCUGCAGAUCUUUUUGUGUGGCCAGUGAUGGGUUAACUGGUACUGUCUUGCAGAUCUUUGCGUGCAGACUUGAAGAUCUGGCAGUGGGCAGUGAAAGGUUAAGUGGCGCAGUUUUGCAGAUCUGUGCAUACAGGCAUUAAAGGGUUAAGAAAUCUUACAAAUCUAUGAGUAGGCAGUAAAGGGUUAAGCAGUGCAGACUUGCAGAUCUGUGAGUAGGCAGUGAGGGGUUAAGCAGUGUAAUUUUGCAGAUCUGUGAGUAGGCAGUGAGGGGUUAAGCAGUGCAAUUUUGCAGAUCUGAGAGUAGGCAGUGAGGGGUUAAGCAGUGCAAUCUUGCAGAUCUGUGAGUAGGCAGUGAGGGGUUAAGCAGUGUAAUCUUGCAGAUCUGUGAGUAGGCAGUGAGGGGUUAACUGGUGCAAUUUUGCAGAUCUAUGCACACAGACAUUGAAGGGUUAAGCACUCUUGCAGAUCUGUUAGUAGGCAGUGAGGGGUUAAGCGGUGCAAUUUUGCAGAUCUAUGCACACAGACAUUGAAGGGUUAAGCACUCUUGCAGAUCUGUUAGUAGGCAGUGAGGGGUUAAGCGGUGCAAUUUUGCAGAUCUAUGCACACAGACAUUGAAGGGUUAAGCACUCUUGCAGAUCUGUUAGUAGGCAGUGAGGGGUUAAGCGGUGCAAUUUUGCAGAUCUAUGCACACAGACAUUGAAGGGUUAAGCACUCUUGCAGAUCUGUUAGUAGGCAGUGAGGGGUUAACUGGUGCAAUUUUGCAGACCUGUGCAUGCAGACAAUGAAGGGUCUUUCGUCUUGCAGAUCUGUGAGUAGGCAGCUAGGGGUUAAGCGGUGCAGUUUUGCAGACUCCACACAUUGUCGGCCCCUGGGGCCAUUGUGUGAGGCCCAGGGUAGAGGCUCUCUCUCAGGUGAUUAGACCUGGUGGGGAUGUAUAGCAUGUGUGCUGUCUGGCUGCACUUGAAAUGGGUAAAGGGGGGAAGGUGGGGUAGAGCUCAAGAUGAAUACAUAGAUGGAAGGAAAAAGUAACAGAAAAAACAAAUCCAUGAAAUACGGCAUAAUAUAAACAUCCGAACAUUCCGAAUGGAACUCACAGUCAAAGCACUAAAUGGGAUCCCAGAUCCCCUGCUCUACAUUAAGCAGCUGAGAGCUCUCCUCUCUUAUUGUGGAUUGCAUUUUAUGUUUUAUCGUUAUAUUUGAUUGUAUUCCCUACUUUCCUGUCUCUUUUUAUAUCCUUCUAUGGGUUUUAUUUGGCUGCAGGGGGAUUUUGGCUGCAGAGCUGUGAAAUUUUUCUUUGUUUAUUAUUUUGUUUCUUUGUAGGUCUUGUGUCACUCAUAUCUCUUUGUGUAUAUCCUUGGAUAAUGCAUGUAAAUAGCAACUAUUUAUACAGAGCUCGCUGAUCAGUGUGUACAGAUUUCAUGCAGAUAAUUGUGUUGUUUAUAUUUUACAUUUUCACUCAGAAAAAAACAGGCCCUUGUUCCUCCUGUGCAUAUUUAGAGCAUCUGAAAUGUAAUGUCUUCAGGUAAGUUAACCCGGUAUUAAUUAUUCAGAGAGAGCCAGUAUCUUUUAACCUUCAGCUCCGGUGGAAAUUCUCAGUGAACAGACCAGAGAUCCCCAGGGAGAGAGAGUCUAAGUAAAUAGCCCCAGAGAGAGAGAGACCUAGCUUAAGCCAUUGUAGCUAGUAGCUUGUAACUUAAUGAAAAAGAAGAUAUCAGAUCUCCAAUACACAGAGCUCACCCAGAGGGUCCCUGAUCACCAGUCCAUAGAGCUCAGUGAUAGGGUCUUUGAUCACCAAUCCUCAGAGCUCAGCCCAGCGAGAGGGUCUCAGAUCAGCAGUUAGCAGAGCUCAGCCCAGCAAGAGGGUCAAGGAAAACCAGUUUACAGAGCUCGGAUCAACAGCCUGCAGGUCUCAGAUCACUGGUCCUUUGAGCUCCGCCCAGAAAGAGGGUCACUGAUCACCGGUUUGUUGAGUUCAGGCCAGAGAGAGGGUCUCUGUUCACCAGUCCAUAGAGCUCAGCUCAGCGAUAGGGUCUCUGAUAACCAAUCCUCAGAGCUCAGCUUAGUGAGAGUGUCUCAGGUAACCAAUCCGCAGAGCUCAGCCCAACGAGAACGUCACGGCAAACCGGUUUACAGAGCUCAGCUUAACAUAAGGUUCUCGGACUGGAUAUGAACACGCAAACACCAACGAAGAGGAGGCCAAAGAGCAGGGGAAACAACAACACACCCCCCUCCUUUCCCACCCGACAGACCCAUUGACCUCACACCCCAGUUCACCCCUACCUAACACAAAACAAUGAAAAGGGACAUUCAUGCUGGACACGAGAUACACCCAGAGCCGCACAUAACUAGUAGCCCGCACUACUAAAUCCACGGGCAAUGAAGCGAAAUUGUUAAGAGAACUACUGUAAACGAUGUACCAACACGUUGUCUACUUGUUAGUAACAAUACUUAUGCAAAACCGAAAAUAAAGAAUUUAUAAAAAUAAAAAAAAACAUAAGGUUCUCGGAUGAACAGCCUGCAGAGCUCUGCGAGAGGGUCUUGGAUCACCAGUCUAUAGAGCUCAGCCCAACGAGAUGGUUUCAGGUCACUAAUCCAUAGAGCUCAGCCCAGAGAGUCUUGGAUCACCACUCUGCAGAGCUCAACUCAAUGAGACAGUCUUGGGUCACUAAACAGUUUACAGAGCUCAGCUCAAUAUAAGUGUCUCGAAUCAACAGCCUGCAGGUCUUAGAUCACCAAUCCAUAGAGCUCAGCCCAGCAAGAGGGUCUUGGAUCACCAGUCCCCAGAGCUCAGCCCAACAAGACAAUCUCGGGUCACUAAGCUGUGGUGCUCAGCCCAGCGAGAGGGUCUUGGAUCAUCAGUCAGCAGAGCUCAGCCCAACAAGACAAUCUCGGUUCACUAAGCUGUGAAGCUCAGCCCAAUGAGACGGUCUCAGGUCACUAUUCCUUUGAACUCAGCCUAGCGAAAGGAUCUUGGAUCACCAUAGCUAAACAUUUAUGUUCAACAAGCUAUAAGUGAGUACAUUCCUGGGUAGUUUGAAUGGAGAAAUUAGUGUGUUUUUAUUGUGAGUGUCGGUAAUGUUUAUCCAGUCUUGAUUAUGCAUGUCUGUUUAUGCGAUAAUAUCAUGUGGCCUCAUUCAGACAAGAAACAGCCCGUUAAGUUUAUCUGAACAUUCCUUCCUUUCUUCCUUUUAAAUUGAUAAUACAGUGAUAGCAAAGCCUCAAGACAAGUAAACGUUAGAGAACAGUCAAUGCUAUAUUUAUUUUAGUGUCAACAUCACCUCAACUACCAUUAAUAUCUGCGAUAUAGCUCUUUACUAGCCGUUAAAGGGAAACUACAGUGACAGGGGGGAAAAAAAGUGAUUUUCCUGGCACUAUGGCUCCUUAUGGUGACCACCUCCGUCGUGCCCUCCCGGUUUAAGAAUCCCUUCUGUCACUUACCUGAUUCCAGCGCCGAUGACCCUUUAGCACUGACUCAGGCUUUGCUCCGCCUACGUCAGCUGCGCACGCUUUAUUAUGUUAUUGUAUAAUGCUUUACUAUGGGGUUUUGGGUGACGCUGCAUGUCCUCAUUCAAAGCAUGAGGACGUCCACCGUGAGGUGACCAAAAGACGCCUAACUACCCGGAAGUCCCUCUAGAAGUGGAGUUAACCCACAAACGUAAUUAUUGCAGUUUAUCAAAAUGAGCUGGAGUGGUCUGGGUGCCUAUAGUGUCUCUUUAAUAUCUGGAAUAUAGCUUAACUCUUUACUAACCCUCCCUAUAUGAGAAACAGCUCUUUACUAAACUUGUAUAUCUAUAUGGGAUACAGCUCUUUACUAACCCUGUAUAUCUGGGAUAUAGCUAUUUACUAACCCUGUAUAUCUGGGAUACAGCUCUUUACUAACCCUGUAUAUCUGGGAUAUAGCUCAGCUCUUUACUAACCCUGUAUAUCUGGGAUACAGCUCUUUACGAACCCUGUAUAUCUGGGAUAUAGCUCUUUACUAACCCUGUAUAUCUGGGAUACAGCUAUUUACUAACCCUGUAUAUCUGGGAUAUAGCUCUUUACUAACCCUGUAUAUCUGGGAUAUAGCUCUUUAGCUCUUUACUAACCCUGUAUAUCUGGGAUAUGCUAUUUACUAACCCUGUAUAUCUGGGAUACAGCUAUUUACUAACCCUGUAUAUCUGGGAUAUAGCUCUUUACUAACCCUGUAUAUCUGGGAUAUAGCUCUUUACUAACCCUGUAUAUCUGGGAUACAGCUAUUUACUAACCCUGUAUAUCUGGGAUACAGCUCUUUACUAACCCUGUAUAUCUGGGAUAUAGCUCUAUUUACUAACCCUGUAUAUCUGGGAUACAGCUCUUUACUAACCCUGUAUAUCUGGGAUACAGCUAUUUACUAACCCUGUAUAUCUGGGAUAUAGCUCUUUGCUAACCCUGUAUAUCUGGGAUACAGCUCUUUACUAACCCUGUAUAUCUGGGAUAUAGCUAUUUACUAACCCUGUAUAUCUGGGAUACAGCUCUUUACUAACCCUGUAUAUCUGGGAUACAGCUCUUUACUAAUAGCUCUUUACUAACCCUGUAUAUCUGGGAUAUGGCUAUUUACUAACCCUGUAUAUCUGGGAUACAGCUCUUUACUAACCCUGCAUAUCUGGGAUACAGCUCUUUACUAACCCUGUAUAUCUGGGAUACGGCUAUUUACUAACCCUGUAUAGCUGGGAUAUAGCUCUUUACUAACCCUGUAUAUCUGGGAUACGGCUAUUUACUAACCCUGUAUAGCUGGGAUAUAGCUCUUUACUAACCCUGUAUACCUGGGAUAUGGCUAUUUACUAACCCUGUAUAUCUGGGAUAUAGCUCUUUACUAACCCUGUAUAUCUGGGAUACAGCUCUUUACUAACCCUGUAUAUCUGGGAUACAGCUAUUUACUAACCCUGUAUGUCUGGGAUACAGCUAUUUACUAACCCUGUAUAUCUGGGAUAUAGCUAUUUACUAACCCUGUAUAUCUGGGAUACAGCUCUUUACUAACCCUGUAUAUCUGGGAUACAGCUAUUUACUAACCCUGUAUAUCUGGGAUAUAGCUCUUUACUAACCCUGUAUAUCUGGGAUACAGCUCUUUACUAACCCUGUAUAUCUGGGAUAUAGCUCUUUACUAACCCUGUAUAUCUGGGAUACAGCUCUUUACUAACCCUGUAUAUCUGGGAUAUAGCUCUUUACUAACCCUGUAUAUCUGGGAUACAGCUCUUUACUAACCCUGUAUAUCUGGGAUAUAGCUCUUUAUUAACCCUGUAUAUCUGGGAUAUAGCUCUUUAUUAACCCUGUAUAUCUGGGAUAUAGCUCUUUACUAACCCUGUAUAUCUGGGAUAGAGCUCUUUACUAACCCUGUAUAUCUGGGAUGUGGCUCUUUACUAACCCUGUAUAUCUGGGAUAUAGCUCUUUACUAACCCUGUAUAUCUGGGAUAUAGCUAUUUACUAACCCUGUAUAUCUGGGAUACAGCUCUUUACUAACCCUGUAUAUCUGGGAUACAGCUAUUUACUAACCCUGUAUAUCUGGGAUACAGCUAUUUACUAACCCUGUAUAUCUGGGAUAUAGCUCUUUACUAACCCUGUAUAUCUGGGAUAUAGCUCUUUACUAACCCUGUAUAUCUGGGAUGUGGCUCUUUACUAACCCUGUAUAUCUGGGAUACAGCUAUUUACUAACCCUGUAUAUCUGGGAUACAGCUAUUUACUAACCCUGUAUAUCUGGGAUACAGCUAUUUACUAACCCUGUAUAUCUGGGAUAUAGCUCUUUAUUAACCCUGUAUAUCUGGGAUAUAGUACUGCUCUUUACGAACCUUUUUCGAUCCAUUUGGCAAACUUUUUCAUCUAUAUAUUGAUUGUGCUGUUAAAAUAAUGAACGAUAGUAUAGCUCUCAAAUAUAACACCUAAUUUCUUUAUAUAACAACACUUUGUGGUACAAGGGGCUAAACAUCCUGUGUGUGGCACAGACAAAUUGCAAUGUCCCCUGAUGCAGUUCUGGAAGCAGCCAUGUUUUUUGAAGCUGAAAUUACAUUUGAAAAUCAUUAUUCCCAUUCUGUAAAACGUCAGCUAUCCAGAAGUUGUCAUUAAUGGUGGGGAAUGGCACUAUAAUAAGGAAAAAUAUAACUGCUGCCAAAAACCACGUUCUCUAUCUACUGCAACUGGUAUCCCCAUAGUCAGGAAAAUCUUUUAAAACACAUUAAAAGUUUGUUUUAAAUUCUGUCUCUUUAAUAUUUGAAUAAAAAUGUAAAGAUUGACACAACCAUAUCAGUGUAAAAAUAGCUUCUAACUCUACACUUAGAGCAUCACCGUGCCCCCCAGCCUGUCAAUGGUCUACCAGGCAUCUUUCAGUGGGUUACAGUGUCUCCCUGUUACCGUGGCGAAAGACCCUUGUUAAUCAGGGUUCCUGUUAUAAAUGUUUUAAAGUGGAGUGGGAGAUUGUCACCCACUGACAGAUGUUUGCGGGUCGGAGAUACAGACUGGCCUGGGAAUUUGUGGACACUGUCAGCGUAAAGAUACACAUUACUAUCACGUUCUAUGACUAGGACAAUCCGCAGGCUUCCCACUGGAAAAUGGAGACCACCUGGCAAUGGGAAAAAUGUCUUGUAUUAUUUCAUUUUCACCUGAAGUCACGUGCAAUCUUUUUUCUUUUUUUUUCCCUUUCAGUCUUGUCAAAGAUUGAAAAGGUAGAACUUUUUGUCUUGUGUCUCUAAGUUACUUAAAACCAAACGCAGGGUGUGCAUCGUCUGACAACAGGGCACCUGGUCAUCCUUGCCUACUCACGCACAACCCAGGUACUAAUGCAUGCAUGUCAAGGACCGCAGGUUACUCAGAAUUUGGUUUCUUAAGGCAGUUCAGCCCUCUCCCCCUCCCCAUCUAAGAGGCGGGACAUGUCUCAAGUUCCUCAAGGAAGUCUUUGCAAGUUUAUCUGAGAAGUUUGUGCAUCUGUCAGAGGCGGGAGUCCCUAGCAGCCCAGGUGUCAGCGUCUGGAGUUGUAGUAUCACGACAUAGUAAGUAAAUGGAGGGUACGGAUGAUGAUAGGGGGGAAGCGUGGGGGUGUGUGAUCUCCAAUACAUGCAUUCUGUGUCUCUUUCUUUACCAUUCAGAUGUGUAAAAGCAUCUGGCAAACAUUUCAUUUAUUUAAUCGCACAAAAAUUAAGCAGUUGGUUCUGGAUAUUAUUAUUUGCUAGAUAAUACCAACUCAUUCUGUAGCAAGGUACAAUGCUAAGAGAGACGCAUAAAUCAGAGUAUAUAAUUUAUUAUAAUGCAUUUUUAUCUGUGAAAUAUUUAUUAUAGCAUCAACAUAUUACCUAGUGCUUUGUAAGGCUGGCAGCCAGAUUAUACAAAUUUAUUGAAAUGCACAAAGUGUAUUAUUAUUAUUUUUGUGCCCGCUGUGGGGUAAUGUGUCUGUUGCGUACAUACAUGGGGUUCACAUGGGUGCCCAUGUAGAAUUAGAUCAAACAGGGGUACAAAAUUCUACCCAUCUCAGCAGUUAUUAUAUCCUCCUCCUCUCUCUCUCUCUCUCUCUCUCUCUCUCUCUAUCUGUCCUGUCUCUCCCCUCAUUAUACAGCCUUUCUGAAGCUUGCAGAGUUCAUUGCUCAGUGUGAGACAUAUAGUAUUGGUUUUCAGUCUACUCUUUGUAGCAGUUUAACCGUUUCUGUGUGCAGUGUGAAACUUGGCAUUGUUAACUUCCACGAAACGCUCUUCUCUUUGCCUGUUCCAAACUCUCUCUCUGCCUCUGUGUUUCCGUCUCUCAUCUGUCUCCCCUUUUUUUCUCUCUGUCUCUCUCACUCAUUUGUCAGUGAAUUUCUGGAUGUCUCGGUUUACGCUGUCUGAUACAGUCUCACUCUGUAACCCAGAGCCUGGGUUUUCCUGUUGAGGCAUGCAGAGAGGAAUUUUAAGGAUCUCAUACUAUCAGCGCACUCCAAUCAUUGUAUGACUUUUGGGAAAGGAUUUAGCAAGCUCUGAUCCUUUAGCUGUCACUGGGUUCAAAAUUUAAAAAGGGAAAAACAAACCACAGUAUUAGAACCAGUAUGAUUGGCUUGUCCCUCCCAGAUUUAAUCUUUGCUUUUCUACUGUAAAGCUCUGGUGACCCUUGUCCUAUCCGUUAGUCAUGUUUUAGCAAAGAGCGCUUUUCAAAUAUUUUUCUGUGUUUAAAGCCUUUAUGACAGACAGCAUGCCGGAACAUGCCAGCCCUGCAGAGAGACCAUUCCAUGCAUUCACUACUCUGUACAAUUGUCUAUAAUGUCUCCCUUACUUUGAAAUUUAUUCCACAUUGUGAUUUUCAUUUUUUUCAAUUCUUCUGACUGCAAGGGGGUGAGUGACUCAUUGUGUGUUUGAAAAUCAAAUUUAUCCUUUUUUUGUCUCCUCUUUUAAAGUGGAACUUAUAGUAAGGGUAUUUUUCAGUCUUGCGUGUUUGGUUAAUAAAACCACACUCUGACAUCACAACUACCUUCAGAAAAGGGCAGAUCGGCCCUUUCGUGCAAAUAUACUUCAAUUUUCCAUGAUGCAAUUAAUUUGUUACAGUCUGUGAGUUUUACAAAUUUUCCCGGAUUUGUAAAGCCAGGUUGGUUCUUUAGACCUUAAAUUGGAAAAUCUCACUUUAGAAGAUAGUUGUGAUGCCCGAUAGCGCAGUUUGAGUAAUAAAAAUUUGUGUAUAUAUAUUGUAUUGAUAUAUUAUCUUUGCUCAAACUGCACAUACACACACACACACACACAUAUAUACACGUAUGUGUAUGUAUGUAUGUAUGAGUAUGAAUAUGGAAAUGUAUAUAUAAGCAAUAAUAGCUACUAUUAUAUUUUUUUUAUUUCACAAAUGCUUGUAUCGAAGACAUGAUUUCCACUUGGGGUCUUACAUGUGGACAGACAGGCAGUGAUAUAAGACAGGACAGGAGAGGAGAUGUGAUGAGGUGUACUAUGUUUGUUCGGAGAGUACAUGGUAUGGACUGAGACAGCCUGUGAGAGAUCUAUACCAGAGACAGACAUAACAUUAUUUAUCAAUGGUCUGGCUCCAGAUACGCUCUGUGUCUGAUACUUUAUAACCUUACCAGGUUCAUUAGCCUGCCAUUGGCCAGUGCUAGGUUUCUGGCACCCAUUGAAAAGACUGAAGCUGGCCCUUUAAAAUCUCUGUUAUACUGCAUUAUUUUAUUAGCAAUGUAUACCUAGUAUCAUAUAGAGUGAAUGGUAUUCAAUGUAAAGGGGGUAUGUUUUAACAAGCGUGCUUCUAUUUGAUAUGAAACUUCCUCAAAUCCUUUACUCUAGAAAGUCUAAACUAGGGUGUCCAAAAGGACCCACAAAUGUUUUAAAAUUAAAACUUCCAUGAUGAUUUGUCAUUCUAAAGAUAUUCUAAAGGGAUGCAAAGCAUCACAGGAAUUGUAGUUCUACAACAUCUGGGGAUCAGGGCAGGCGCGUCCUAUAGGCAGAUUAGGUGGCCGGCCAGGGCCGGCGCUACCAUAAGGCGGCACAAGCGGCCACCUUAGGGCGCAUGGACCCAAGGGGCGCAAAAAUGUCCGAGUGACUGGCGGGAGCACGGAGAACUCCGCUACCGCCGGUCAAUUUCUGCAGCAAUCUAAUCAGCUGGCUGAGAAACGUGCACCCACUGAGGGAAGGGGGCGGAACAGCGAGGAGCGACCGCGGCAACUCUCUUCCUGAGCUACAGGCCGCUGGGAUACGUGACAUCAUAUCCCGGCGGCCAACUGCUGUGGAGGAAAGCUACAACAGUGCAGCGGGACCUCUGUUUUGCAACUAUAAGAAACAGUAAGUGUGUGUAAGAGUUAGUGUGUGUGUUAGAGCCAGUGUAUGUGUGUGUGUGUGUGUGUUAAUGUGUGUGUGUUAGAGCCAGUGUGUGUAUGUAAGAGUUAGUGUGUGCGUGUUAGAGCCAGUGUGUGUGUGUGUUAGAGCCAGUGUGUGUGUGUGUAAGAGUUUGUGUGUGUGUAAGAGUUAGUGUGUGUGUGUUAAUGUGUGUGUGUUAGAGCCAGUGUGUGUAUGUAAGAGUUAGUGUGUGUGUGUGUGUGUGUGUGUUAGAGCCAGUGUGUGAAUGUAAGAGUUAGUGUGUGUGUGUGUGUGUGUUAGAGCCAGUGUGUGAAUGUAAGAGUUAGUGUGUGUGUUUAAUGUGUGUGUUAAUGUGGGUGUGUUAGAGCCAGUGUGUGUAUGUAAGAGCUAGUGUGUGUGUGUGCGUGUUAUAGCCAGUGUGUGUGUGUAAGAGUUAGUGUGUGUGUAAGAGUUAGUGUGUGUGUGUGUCUAUAAACUGUGUGUGUGUAAGAGACUGUGUGAGUGUAAAGCAGUGUGUGUGUGUGAGAGACUGUGUGUGUGUUACAGCUAGUGAGUGUGUAUAAGCAGUGUGUGUAAGAGACUGUUUGUGUGUGUCUGUUAGAGCCGGUGAGUGUGUAUAAGCUGUCCAAGUGUGUAAGAGACUGUGUGCGUUAGAGCCAGUGUGUGUGUAUUAGCAGUGUGUGUGUGUGUAUGAGCGAGUGAGUGUGUGACGCAAGGGGGUAAAGAAAAGUAGGAUGAAGACACAAAACACGUAAAAAAUAAUGCCAGACAGGAUACAAUAUACAAAAAAGGAAAACAAGAGAAAAAGGUGGUAAGAUGCAAAGGGGCAAAAUAAUUGGUAAGAGGGGCAAAAGUGGGACUAUUAGACAGACAGGUGAAGAUACAUUUUGGGGGCAGCAAAAUGUGUCUUCGCCUGUGUAGACAGAAGUCCUUGCACCGGCCCUGUGGCCGGCCUAGGGCGCUUCUAAACGGGGGGCGACGGCAGCAGCUUUACUGCUGAUAGGGGCCGCCCCCUCUAUGUUGGGCACAUUCUGCAUUGCGUGUUGCAGGUCAUGGCACCGGGUGCUAGGGAGCACUUACAUAGGGGCACACUAGCGCCUGGUGCCGUCAACUGUCACUGUGUGUGUGUCAGUCUACAUCAGUCAGUGUGUGUGUAUGCUUGGGACAGUGUGUGUUUGUGUAUAUGUCAGUCUACAUAAGUCAGUGUAUGUCUGCUUAAGUCAGUGUGUGUGUGUUUGUGUCACUCUGCAUGAGUCAGUGAAUUUAUGUGUGCAUUGGUCACUGAUUGUGAUUGUGUGGACCAUUGAGUUUGAGUGAGUGUGAGUCUCUGUGUGUGUUUUUGUGUGUGUACAUAAAAACAUGGCAUUGUAGCGGUGGUGCCUCUACUGGCUGUAAGUGUGACAGCUACUAGAGUCUUGUUUAACCCUUCAAGUUAAGGCAAUGUUUUAUCUUGUGAGGUUAAACCUACAGGACCACUGUGGAGCGAAUGUGGUGCAAAAUACUUGCGCCAGUCCUUCUGGGCACCCCUGGUCUAAGCUUUUACUUAUUCCACUGGAAAGCCGUUCUAUGUAUCUACUACCUGUUUUAUAUCAAUGUUAGCCCUUACUGCCUCCACCUGGGAGGCAAUGCCAGGUAUCUACUUCCCUUUCUAUAUCACAGUUGGCCUUUACCUCUGUCAUUGGAAGGCUACUCCAGGGAUCCACUACUCUUUCUAUAGGGUAACAUGUCUAUAAUUCUGCCAGGGAAUAUUGCAUGUUGUGGACCCCAUAUUGUUGGCCAUGCCUGUCUGCAAUGUAAAUAAUAUAUUUAUUUUGAGAAUUCUAGUGGUACACAUAAGGAAAUAUUGUAGCUUUUAGGGAGUCCAAAUGAAACGCUGACCACUAACUUAAUAACUAACACUUCCUUAUGACACUGGCCUCCAGCUUCCCUUCCCACGGCUUGCAAGGCGACUAUGUCUUUUAUUUAGCUGGGGCAGACUGGGUCAUUCAGAGCCAACUGAGUGGAAUUGUCUCUUUGAUGGGUUGGGAGAAUAUUGGGUAUUACUCCUAGACGGCUAACAGGCACGUUGGCAAAUAUAUUUUAAUAAGUAUGUGAUCUAUGUAUCGGGCACAUCGGCAGGUCCCAAUAAUUGAAUUGGUGAGAUUUUACGUAAUAGCAGAUGAAUGAUGAUGUUUAUUCGUUAGUGCACAGUGUUAUUACAGCUAUGCUCAUUCUGCCACCUGUUUAAAUAUACAAUGUGAGUCCGGCUUGUCUAAGAACACUGUAAACUGUAAUAUUUAAGGGCCUUGCUUAGAGUGAUGGGAUGUGCAGUCCACAGAAUCCGCAGUGCCCAGCUGGCUAUAAAGCCAUCACCUAAAGGAGCAGGAUUCCAUCUGAGAGCACAGUGCUGUACUUCGGUGUGUUCGGUGCUGUGACUGCUAGCUCAGAGCUAGUCCCUGUUACACAGCCCUUCCCUACCUUUUGUGUUUAUACAAUGGGCAGGUAUGACACGGUGACUGUGAAAUCCAUCCUCACCGUUCAGCCCACACCUUCCCCACAUUUGUUUAUACACAGUCACGGUGUCCCUGUUGAUAUGCACGUCAUGCGAUUUUGCAAAACUCUGGACACACUCUUGACAUCAGUGAUGUGUACCCUGGCGACCAGUAUACUCCACUCAACCAAGCGAUGUUUCAUGUAAAACGAACAGCCCAGGAAUGAAACCGUAUAAGAAUAAUCCAUAGAGACAAUACAUUGUUCUAAAUUUUCACACCUAUUGUUCCCCUGCCACCUGCAGGAUGCUCUGUAGACCAACAGACAGAGCCCUUUGUGAACUUUUUCAGUGCAAGUUUGGACAUAUAAGUACAUCAGAAAAGGUUAAACUCACAUUUAUAUUCAUAUUUUCAUUUAUCAUUUAUCAUGAAUGUCCUUAUCAUUUAAACAUUUGCCUCAUUUUCACCUAAAUACAUUAUCCCGUGUCCAAUACAAAGGGGAAUUUUGCCUCUCUAUAAGGUACUGUUUAUAUAUGGAGUCUUCUCGAACCAGCUGAGACAAAGAUUUAUAAAUGCACAGUCAGCCAAUCGUCACUAGUGAUGUAACCCGUCGGCCUAUGGACAAUUCGUAUUCAGAUUGCCUGCGUUGCUGCCUCUGUCCUGUAGACACGUUAGAAGGCUGACAGAGGUUCAGACAAAAAUGCAGAACAUAAGGAAAACCUCAGUCUGCGAAAUCAAAACCAAAAUCCCAUGAAAAUUUAUAAGGGACUGUCUUAUAGAAGAGGCUUUUAUCUAAACAAUGCAUUGUCAGUGCCAGUUUUGAUGUCUCGCCAGGUCUGUGCGUGUUUGUAUACGACACAUACAUCACGGUCUCUGUUUAUCCUGCUUCCCAAACAGAAGUAAUCCUGGUGAUGAGUCACGUUUGUUUAGUAACCGUGUCGUUCUCCCAGAGGAAGAUAUAUUAAUUAUAAAAAAGAAAAAGUUAAUUAACUUUCUCCUCUAACGCAGUCAUUACUGGACGACUUGGCCCAGCCACAAAGAGGUUAAUGUGAUAGCUGCCAACAACUUGGUAGUUCUGCAAAUAACCACCUCAUUGCCUUACAAACCCAUUAAACACAAAUCAAGGUGAUGGAUGGCUAAUGGAGAUCUAACUAGGAAUGUUCUAUUACAACAGGUCACAUCUAGUAUGGGGUCACUGGCUGCAUGCUUAAUGCUUGUACAACCAAUUUGUGCCUGCACAGUGUUCAUUAACCCCUUCUACAAGGGCUGGAUAGCAGAUAUUUAAUGAGAUGGAGGGGAGAGCAUAGAAUGUUCCGUAUCGACAAACAGAUUCUAGCCAACUGGUCACCACCUUACGGCACGCAAUUUCACCAGGCCCGAAAUACAAGACUACAGAGAAAAAUCUGCCCACCUUUAAACAUGUAAAAGUAUUUCCUGAUAAUGCGAAAAACAGUUUGACAUUGAUUGACAACAGUGAUGUUGAAGAAAUUCUACUGUAGCAGCUUGACAAAUUGUCCUGUCAUGUCUUAUGGUCAAACCAACUUCCCCUAGUGACCCAGAUAAGAGCAAUCUCUCCUAAUCUCUAGCGCUGUUAUCGCCACUCAGUGAGGGCUCGUGUUGGAAGAGCAGAUCAAGAAAACCAUCAUGUUGACAAUGUAGGGUAUUUAUAUAACAUUUGAGGUCCAUAGUUGUUGGCUCUCUAAUACAUUGAAGAUCACGCCAUAUCGGUGUCACAUCAACGUAUCACUCAACACCUGGUGCGUUUGGUCCCAAGAGUGUUUUCCGAUGGGGAAGCCUUUAGUUGGACUGGCUUCAGAUUAAAUGCUGGCGUUACUAGAUCUGCAGCUCUUUAUUCAGAGAAGUAUGACAAGAUAGCAUCAGUUAUGUGAGAAGGAAUUGCAUUGUCACUCGCUGACAUCUACCAUGCAUCAUAUAAACUACCAGCCAGUAUUGGCCUACACCUGCCCGGUACAGUUAAUCAUUGGAAUAGGAAGGGUGGCAGGGUGAUUAAGUGCUCCAUUUAUUGUCCUGGACGCUGGUGCAGAUACUGCGUGUUGUGACAGAGCUGGAAGGUACACCGUUAAUAUGACUAUGGUCAAAUGUAGAUCAAAAGAACCUGCAGUUUAUUUGCUAAUCCUGAAAUAUAGCUCUAAUCACUCCGAGACAGCAGACGGAUAAAAGAAACAAUUUGUAAUCGAAGCUCCUACCAGCAGCCCUUCCACUAAACCUUUGAGACUAUAAGCUCUUUCGAGCAGGACUUUUGCAACUACUUCUUUUGUAAAAAGUUUGAAGUGGUCUUGUUGACUGUACGCCCGUUGUAUAGCACUGCAGCAUUAUGAUGUCUGUUUAUAUCAAUAUUUGCAAGAAGCUUUGUACAGGAAAGAGUCCAAAGACCUUCGCUUUCUACUUGGCUGUGAAGAUUUGCCAGAAUUUCUGCCUGCCCGGUUUAUUUGUCAUCAAAUUCCAUGGUAACACAUCUUAUUAGCAGAGUUUGGGAAGGCCUCCUGUGUUUAACUGAUCGAGGGAAGCACACAGUACAGUUGCCAUUUUACCCUUGGACAUGUUAGUACCUUAGAAAUAAAUAAAUAAUGGGCUAGAGAAAAUGAGUGUGUAUUCGAUAGUAACGUGGUUCAGCUGCGAGGAGGAUAAUUGAUAUAUAGUUUUGUUUUCUCCAGUGCGGUUUGGCCUGUACUAUUACCAUGAGGCCACGUGUGCAACAUAAUUCUUCACCAUUAUUGAGAACUGAUUUACAUACGGUGACACAAUGAUGUAAUCUAAAGCAGACACUUAAAACCUCAUUUCCCUUGAUCAACAUGUUUUAAACCCAGCCUGAACAGCAUGACCGCCAUUUUACAUGUGCGUCGUGCACGCGGUAACAGUAUUUAAAUGACAGCGUUCCUUUAAUAUGAUAUAAAGGAACACGUAGUCUAAAAAGCUAGAAGAGAAUGCUGGGAGUUGUAGUCUGUAGACCGCUGUUGCAUUGAUGUUAAAAAUGUAUUGUCUGUUCCUCUUGUGAACUUCCUUUUACGGUAGCUCAGACGCUUCAUUGCUACAGGACGUAAAAUAAUUCAUUGUAAAUUAUAGUCUAUUAUUACAGCCAAAACCCAGCUUAGAAAUGUGAUCUAGAAUUCUUCACAAUGGCCUCCUCUACCUGAUAACACAAUAAGUGAGAUUCCUUCCCCUGCUAGCUACUUACACUAAUUGUAAUGUGUCUGACAUAGCUUGUUGUUUGAAGAGGGUUUUUUUUUUCUCUGCUCUAAUUAAACAGGAAAUAUUUCCUGCACGUGAAUUACAGAAGAUUGUCUUGUCUGGUUAGAGCUUCCUUUAAAUAUCUUGCUGAAAAGCUGCAGAUUACAACAGGGAGGGGUAGGACUGCGGUAUCUUCUAUAUCGUUUUUACGGUUUUAUUUUCUCUCCUCCAGUGUGAUUUGUGGCAGUCCACCCAUCCUCUUUUAUAUAAACCACAAGAACAUAUCAAAAAUGUUUUUUUUUAUAAGUGUCGCGUGUAGGCAAGAGUUAUUUCCAGUUGCAGAAGAGAGAAGUACCGUCUUAGAAAGCGCAGUGGGUGGAGAAGUAAUGGGCUAAACAAAUAGUGUUACGGUUAAUAAUUCCAGAUCUGUUUCUGACUAUACCAGACACCUCUUUAAAAUUCACUAUAGAAAAUAUAGGGAAGUACCUAUAUUUCCCCAAAAUAAUACCAUAAACUUUAUUCUUAUUGUAUAGGAGAGUACUGUGCAAACAACAUAGAAAGAGGUGAAGCUCACACGGUGACUAUAGUUACCUCCUGCUGUAUAAUAAAAUACCUGUAUAAUAAAAAUGUUAUAGUACAGUAUGUCAAAGUGAAACUUUAAAAGGAGAGGUUAUUGUAACACACAAUAUAUAGAGCCUAUUAUAAGUCGGCUCCAACCGUGGAGGCAUCAAAUAAAAAUUUGUAAAUAAACGCGCUUCAGUUGUUUAGGUCCCGAGAGAGAUGCUUUUUUCUUCAUCAGGAGGGAUGAUCAGAAACCUAAGUAAUUAAAAGAGCACUGUAGGGUCAGGAACACAAACAUGUAUUCCAGACCCUACAGCGUUAUAACCACCAUCUAGCCCCACUGGCCCCCUAAAUAUAGUAAAAUCUUACUUUUAUUCCAGUCUGCUGCUGGCUCUGCCCUUGAUCUGUCUGCUUGGCUGACAUCAUUAGAAGUUAUGAUCUGAGUCAAUUACAAUGCUUUCCCAUAGCAAGCAUUGGGUUGGCUGAGAUUGUCAAGGAGGCAUAUCAGUGGCAGAGCCAGCACAAGCUAAACAGCCCUGUCCAAUCAGCAUCUCCUCAUAGAGAUUAAUUGAACCAAUGCAUCUCUAUGAGGGAAGUCCAUUGUCUACAUGCAGAAGGUGGAGACACUGAAUGUCUGUUGCAUUUGCCCCAGGAAGUACCUCCAGCAGCUAUCUGAGGAGUGACCAAUGGAGGUGUCCCUAGGCUGUAAUGUAAACAAUGCCUUUUGUCUGAAAAAGCAGUGUUUACUGCAAAUAGCCUGAAGGGGCUGACUAUACUCGCCAGAACAAAUUCAAUAAGCUGUAGUUAUUCUAGUGACUAUUGUGUCCCUUUAAUCAAAAUAAGCUUUAUAAGUGUAUACAAAUAAAAUCAAAUAGCAUCAAAGGAAAUAGCACAAUGUAUUUUGACUGGUGCACAGCCUUCCCAGGUGCUUAAUUGCAAAAUAUUGUAAGUCCCGCCCUUCCCUUAAAUGGAAAUUGGAAAUAUGCCAAUUAUAAAAUGGUGGGCACGUCGAAAAGCAUUUUGCUAUUUCUUUUGCCACUAUUUUUUGAUAGUAUGGGAGAAUACUGUAACCUGUGUUACAAUAGUAUAGAAGACUACCAAAAGCUUCAUUCCUGUAAUAUCGGAGAGUCCCCAACCUUUAUUCCUAUAGUAUAGGAGAUUACUGGAACCUUUAUUCCUAUAGUAUUGGAGAGUACCGGUACCUUUAUUCCUAUAGUAUUGGAGAGUACCGGUACCUUUAUUCCUAUAGUAUUGGAGAGUACCGGUACCUUUAUUCCUAUAGUAUUGGAGAGUACCGGUACCUUUAUUCCUAUAGUACAGUCGAGUACCGGAACCUUUAUUCCUAUAGUAUAGGAGAGUACCGGAACCUUUAUUCCUAUAGUAUAGGAGAGUACCGGCACCUUUAUUCCUAUAGUACAGGAGAGUACCAGAACCUUUAAAACACCCUAUGCUAUAGAAGAGUGUCUACAGUACAGGAGAGUACCGGAAAUUUCUAUAGUACAGGAGAGUACUUAAUUCCUAUAGUAUAGGAGAGUAGCGGAACCUUUAUUCCUAUAGUAUAGGAGGGUACCGGAACCUUUAUUCCUAUAGUACAGGAGAGUACCGGAACCUUCAUUCCUAUAGUAUAGGAGAGUACCGGAACCUUUACUACUAUAAUAUUGGAGAGUACCAGAACCUUUAUUACUAUAGUACAGGAGAGUACUGGAACCUUUAUUCCUAUAGUAUAGGAGAGUACCGGAACCUUUAUUGAUAUAGUAUAGGAGAGUACCGGAACCUUUAUUGAUAUAGUAUAGGAGAGUACUGGAACCUUUAUUGAUAUAGUAUAGGAGAGUACCGGAACCUUUAUUCCUAUAGUAUAGGAGAGUACUGGAACCUUUAUUCCUAUAGUAUAGGAGAGUACCGGAACCUUUAUUCCUAUAGUACAGGAGAGUACCGGAACCUUUAUUUCUAUAGUAUAGGAGAGUACCGGAACCUUUAUUGAUAUAGUAUAGGAGAGUACCGGAACCUUUAUUGCUAUAGUAUAGGAGAGUACCGGAACCUUUAUUACUAUAGUAAAGGAGAGUACCGGAACCUUUAUUCCUAUAGUAUAGGAGAGUACCGGAACCUUUAUUCCUAUAGUACAGGAGAGUACCGGAACCCUUAUUUCUAUAGUAUAGGAGAGUACCGGAACCUUUAUUCCUAAAGUAUAGGAGAGCACCAGAACCUUUAUUCCUAUAGUACAGGAGAGUACCGGAACCUUUAUUUCUAUAGUAUAGGAGAGUACCGGAAGAUUUAUUCCUAUACUACAGGAGAGUACCAGAACCUUUAUAGAAGAGUACCGGAAACUUUAUUCCUAUAGUAUAGGAGAGUACUGGAACCUUUAUUCCUAGAGUACAGGAGAUUACUGGAACCUUUAUUCCUAUAGUAUAGGAGAGUAUUGGAACCUUUAUUCCUAUAGUACAGGAGAGUACCGGAACCUUUAUUGAUAUAAUAUUGGAGAGUACCGGAACCUUUAUUGCUAUAGUAUAGGAGAGUACCGGAAGCUUUAUUCCUAUACUACAGGAGAGUACCAGAACCUUUAUUUCUAUAGUAUAGGAGAGUACCGGAACCUUUAUUCCUAUAGUAUAGGAGCGUACCGGAACCUUUAUUCCUAUAGUAUAGGAGAGUACUGGAACCUUUAUUCCUAUACUACAGGAGAGUACCAGAACCUUUAUUCCUAUAGUAUAGGAGAGUACUGGAACCUUUAUUGCUAUAGUAUAAGGGAGUACCGGAACCUUUAUUACUAUAGUACAGGAGAGUACCGGAACCUUUAUUCCUAUAGUAUAAGAGAGUACCGGAACCUUUAUUACUAUAGUACAGGAGAGUACUGGAACCUUUAUUCCUAUGGUAUAGGAGAGUACCAGAACCUUUAUUUCUAUAGUAUAGGAGAGUACCGGAACCUUUAUUUCUAUAGUAUAGGAGAGUACCGGAACCUUUAUUCCUAUAGUACAGGAGAGUACCGGAACCUUUAUUCCUAUAGUAUAGGAGAGUACUGGAACCUUUAUUGAUAUAGUAUAGGAGAGUACCGGAACCUUUAUUCCUAUAGUAUAGGAGAGUACUGGAACCUUUAUUCCUAUAGUAUAGGAGAGUACCGGAACCUUUAUUCCUAUAGUACAGGAGAGUACCGGAACCUUUAUUUCUAUAGUAUAGGAGAGUACCGGAACCUUUAUUCCUAUAGUACAGGAGAGUACCAGAACCUUUAUUUCUAUAGUAUAGGAGAGUACCGGAAGAUUUAUUCCUAUACUACAGGAGAGUACCAGAACCUUUAUAGAAGAGUACCGGAACCUUUAUUCCUAUAGUAUAGGAGUGUACCGGAACCUUUAUUUCUAUAGUAUAGGAGAGUACCGGAACCUUUAUUGAUAUAAUAUUGGAGAGUACCGGAACCUUUAUUGAUAUAAUAUUGGAGAGUACCGGACGCUUUAUUCCUAUAGUAAAGGAGAGUACUGGAACCUUUAUUCCUAUAGUAUAGGAGAGUACCGGAACCUUUAUUCCUAUAGUAAAGGAGAGUACCGGAACCUUUAUUCCUAUAGUACAGGAGAGUACUGCAACCUUUAUUCCUAUAGUAUAGGAGAGUACCGGAACCUUUAUUCCUAUAGUAUAGGAGAGUACCGGAACCUUUAUUCCUAUAGUACAGGAGAGUACCGGAACCUUUAUUGCUAUAGUAUAGGAGAGUACCGGAACCUUUAUUACUAUAGUACAGGAGAGUACCGGAACCUUUAUUUCUAUAGUAUAGGAGAGUACCGGAACCUUUAUUGAUAUAAUAUUGGAGAGUACCGGAACCUUUAUUGAUAUAAUAUUGGAGAGUACCGGAACCUUUAUUGAUAUAAUAUUGGAGAGUACCGGAAGCUUUAUUUCUGUAGUAUAGGAGAGUACCGGAUCCUUUAUUCCUAUAGUACAGGAGAGCACCGGAACCUUUAUUCCUAUAGUAUAGGAGAGUAGCGGAACCUUUAUUCCUAUAGUAUAGGAGAGUACCGGAACCUUUAUUCCUAUAGUAUAGGAGAGUACUGGAACCUUUAUUCCUAUAGUAUAGGAGAGUACUGGAACCUUUAUUCCUAUAGUACAGGAGAGUACCAGAACCUUUAUUUCUAUAGUAUAGGAGAGUACCGGAAGAUUUAUUCCUAUACUACAGGAGAGUACCAGAACCUUUAUAGAAGAGUACCGGAACCUUUAUUCCUAUAGUAUAGGAGUGUACUGGAACCUUUAUUCCUAUAGUAUAGGAGAGUACCAGAACCUUUAUUUCUAUAGUAUAGGAGAGUACCGGAACCUUUAUUGAUAUAAUAUUGGAGAGUACCGGAACCUUUAUUGAUAUAAUAUUGGAGAGUACCGGAAGCUUUAUUUCUAUAGUAUAGGAGAGUACCGGAACCUUUAUUCCUAUAGUACAGGAGAGUACCGGAACCUUUAUUCCUAUAGUAUAGGAGAGUACUGGAACCUUUAUUCCUAUACUACAGGAGAGUAGCAGAACCUUUAUUACUAUAAUAUAGGAGAGUACUGGAACCUUUAUUCCUAUAGUAUAGGAGAGUACCGGAACCUUUAUUCCUAUAGUGUAGGAGAGUACCGGAACCUUUAUUCAUAUAAUAUAGGAGAGUACUGGAACCUUUAUUCCUAUAGUAUAGGAGAGUACCGGAACCUUUAUUGCUAUAGUAUAGGAGAGUACCGGAACCUUUAUUACUAUAGUAAAGGAGAGUACCGGAACCUUUAUUUCUAUAGUAUAGGAGAGUACCGGAACCUUUAUUGAUAUAAUAUUGGAGAGUACCAGAACCUUUAUUGAUAUAAUAUUGGAGAGUACCGGAAGCUUUAUUUCUAUAGUAUAGGAGAGUACCGGAACCUUUAUUGAUAUAGUAUAGGAGAGUAGCGGAACCUUUAUUCCUAUAGUAUAGGAGAGUACCGGAACCUUUAUUCCUAUAGUAUAGGAGAGUACUGGAACCUUUAUUCCUAUAGUAUAGGAGAGUACUGGAACCUUUAUUCCUAUAGUACAGGAGAGUACCAGAACCUUUAUUUCUAUAGUAUAGGAGAGUACCGGAAGAUUUAUUCCUAUACUACAGGAGAGUACCAGAACCUUUAUAGAAGAGUACCGGAACCUUUAUUCCUAUAGUAUAGGAGUGUACUGGAACCUUUAUUCCUAUAGUAUAGGAGAGUACCAGAACCUUUAUUUCUAUAGUAUAGGAGAGUACCGGAACCUUUAUUGAUAUAAUAUUGGAGAGUACCGGAACCUUUAUUGAUAUAAUAUUGGAGAGUACCGGAAGCUUUAUUUCUAUAGUAUAGGAGAGUACCGGAACCUUUAUUCCUAUAGUACAGGAGAGUACCGGAACCUUUAUUCCUAUAGUAUAGGAGAGUACUGGAACCUUUAUUCCUAUACUACAGGAGAGUAGCAGAACCUUUAUUACUAUAAUAUAGGAGAGUACUGGAACCUUUAUUCCUAUAGUAUAGGAGAGUACCGGAACCUUUAUUCCUAUAGUGUAGGAGAGUACCGGAACCUUUAUUCAUAUAAUAUAGGAGAGUACUGGAACCUUUAUUCCUAUAGUAUAGGAGAGUACCGGAACCUUUAUUGCUAUAGUAUAGGAGAGUACCGGAACCUUUAUUACUAUAGUAAAGGAGAGUACCGGAACCUUUAUUUCUAUAGUAUAGGAGAGUACCGGAACCUUUGUUGAUAUAAUAUUGGAGAGUACCAGAACCUUUAUUGAUAUAAUAUUGGAGAGUACCGGAAGCUUUAUUUCUAUAGUAUAGGAGAGUACCGGAACCUUUAUUGAUAUAGUAUAGGAGAGUACCGGAACCUUUAUUGCUAUAGUAUAGGAGAGUACCGGAACCUUUAUUACUAUAGUAAAGGAGAGUACCGGAACCUUUAUUCCUAUAGUAUAGGAGAGUACCGGAACCUUUAUUCCUAUAGUAUAGGAGAGUACUGGAACCUUUAUUCCUAUACUACAGGAGAGUAGCAGAACCUUUAUUACUAUAAUAUAGGAGAGUACUGGAACCUUUAUUCCCAUAGUAUAGGAGAGUACCGGAACCUUUAUUCCUAUAGUAAAGGAGAGUACCGGAACCUUUAUUCCUAUAGUACAGGAGAGUACUGCAACCUUUAUUCCUAUAGUAUAGGAGAGUACCGGAACCUUUAUUCCUAUACUAUAGGAGAGUACCGGAACCUUUAUUCCUAUAGUACAGGAGAGUACCGGAACCUUUAUUGCUAUAGUAUAGGAGAGUACCGGAACCUUUAUUACUAUAGUACAGGAGAGUACCGGAAUCUUUAUUUCUAUAGUAUAGGAGAGUACCGGAACCUUUAUUGAUAUAAUAUUGGAGAGUACCGGAACCUUUAUUGAUAUAAUAUUGGAGAGUACCGGAACCUUUAUUGAUAUAAUAUUGGAGAGUACCGGAAGCUUUAUUUCUAUAGUAUAGGAGAGUACCGGAUCCUUUAUUCCUAUAGUACAGGAGAGCACCGGAACCUUUAUUCCUAUAGUAUAGGAGAGUAGCGGAACCUUUAUUCCUAUAGUAUAGGAGAGUACCGGAACCUUUAUUCCUAUAGUAUAGGAGAGUACUGGAACCUUUAUUCCUAUAGUAUAGGAGAGUACUGGAACCUUUAUUCCUAUAGUACAGGAGAGUACCAGAACCUUUAUUUCUAUAGUAUAGGAGAGUACCGGAAGAUUUAUUCCUAUACUACAGGAGAGUACCAGAACCUUUAUAGAAGAGUACCGGAACCUUUAUUCCUAUAGUAUAGGAGUGUACUGGAACCUUUAUUCCUAUAGUAUAGGAGAGUACCAGAACCUUUAUUUCUAUAGUAUAGGAGAGUACCGGAACCUUUAUUGAUAUAAUAUUGGAGAGUACCGGAACCUUUAUUGAUAUAAUAUUGGAGAGUACCGGAAGCUUUAUUUCUAUAGUAUAGGAGAGUACCGGAACCUUUAUUCCUAUAGUACAGGAGAGUACCGGAACCUUUAUUCCUAUAGUAUAGGAGAGUACUGGAACCUUUAUUCCUAUACUACAGGAGAGUAGCAGAACCUUUAUUACUAUAAUAUAGGAGAGUACCGGAACCUUUAUUUCUAUAGUAUAGGAGAGUACCGGAACCUUUAUUCCUAUAGUACAGGAGAGUAGUGGAACCUUUAUUCCUAUAGUAUAGGAGAGUAGCGGAACCUUUAUUCCUAUAGUAUAGGAGAGUAGUGGAACCUUUAUUCCUAUAGUAUAGGAGAGUACCAGAACCUUUAUUUCUAUAGUAUAGGAGAGUACCGGAACCUUUAUUGAUAUAAUAUUGGAGAGUACCGGAACCUUUAUUGAUAUAAUAUUGGAGAGUACCGGAAGCUUUAUUUCUAUAGUAUAGGAGAGUACCGGAACCUUUAUUCCUAUAGUACAGGAGAGUACCGGAACCUUUAUUCCUAUAGUAUAGGAGAGUACUGGAACCUUUAUUCCUAUACUACAGGAGAGUAGCAGAACCUUUAUUACUAUAAUAUAGGAGAGUACCGGAACCUUUAUUCCUAUAGUAUAGGAGAGUACCGGAACCUUUAUUCCUAUAGUACAGGAGAGUAGUGGAACCUUUAUUCCUAUAGUAUAGGAGAGUAGCGGAACCUUUAUUCCUAUAGUAUAGGAGAGUAGUGGAACCUUUAUUCCUAUAGUAUAGGAGAGUACCGGAACCUUUAUUCCUAUAGUAUAGGAGAGUAGUGGAACCUUUAUUCCUAUAGUAUAGGAGAGUAGCGGAACCUUUAUUACUAUAGUAUAGGAGAGUAGCGGAACCUUUAUUACUAUACUACAGGAGAGUACCGGAACCUUAAUUCCAAUAGUAAAGGAGAGUACCGGAACCUUUAUUGAUAUAAUAUUGGAGGGUACCGGAAGCUUUAUUCCUAUCGUAUAGGAUAAUAGUAACUUCCUUCCUUUACUAUUGCAGAAUACAAUAUUCUUUUUUUCUCUAGUUUAGGAGAGUCACAGACCCAUUAUCCCCUUAGUUCUUGUGUUUAAUGCAUAGAUAGAACACUAAAACUAUGCAAUAAUAAAAUAUUUCCAGAUUUCUGUAGCUGAUUUGUUCCCUAAUGCUGUGCUUUAUGAGUACUGCGAUAUUCUGAUGUAAAAUACUAACAGCUGUACUUCCAGAAACCAAAAGCAGGACAUCAUGCACGGCAGUAAUUUAGGAACUAAAAUGAAACCCUGCAUAAUGGGAGGGAGGGGAAGAUUGAGAGAAAAACACCCAGCUUAACUAGCUGUAACCUGUGGGUGCCUUUAAUGAGAGGUUUUGUUGUUGGAGUGGUAGACACAACAGAUAUUCUUCCAAUAUAAACGUAAAAGAUAGAAUCUGUAUCUCGGUGUGGACUGGAGGAUGCAGCUCCUCUCAUUCUCAGCCCAGCCUGGGGUGAUGAGAGUUGUACUUCCCCUAGAGGCUGACUAUUCAUGCUGUGAAUGAUGUAGUGAUCCCGUACCGUCUGGAGUCUAUAAAGUUGGAUAACUUUCGUUUACAAGCAAGCACAGAUCAAUUACCGUAGAGCCAAGCACGGACCAAGCUGAACUAAUUACCCUGUUAUUUUUUAAUUGAGUAAACGAGCUGAUUGAUGGCUCUGUGAAGGAAACAUGAAAUACACAGAGCUAGGGAAGUUUGACAUUCCCACCUCCCAUGUCACAUUUUGGGAUUGCCAGAGCUGGUCAUGUAAACACAGCACAGUUAUUCACUAAACUGGAACUGACGAGAAAUGAGAUGGGAAUUGUAAAUGGACAAUUUGGAUAGCAUAUUAAAAUAUAUUUAUCUUGGCUAGUUUGGGCUAAAAUGUUAAAUUCCACAGUCAAAUCUCAACAAGUCAACGUUUUUAACGUGAUUAACGUGAUCUUUGUAAAAAUAUAAUUGGUUGGAUUGAAAAGAACAAUAACUAUUUGAAGGCAAAUUCUAGCAUUACGAUUACGAAUAUAUACACUACUAACUAUUCAGAGUUUUCCCCACUAUUUAGAAUGUCAGUUCUGCACUCCAUGAUUAAAUAACUUUAAAACUUCCCUUUAUUCCCUAGUGCUAGCCCUGCUAUGUCUGCUCGUCCCCCCAGCUGAGAUGUUGGCCAAUCCAAUUGUUUCCCAUAGGGCAGUACUGAAAGGCUAGUGCACAUGCACAGCAAUUGCCACGCAAUCAGCACCCCCUUUGAAGAGAUUAAUUGUCUCAAUGCAUCUUCAUGGGGAGCUUUUGGCAUCUACAUGCAGAGCCUGAAGACGUUGAACGUUAGUCCUGCAAAGACUGCAGGACUGUAUCCAGGAAGCUCCUCUCGUGUCUGACAGUGUAGUCACUACAGGUGACAAGAGGCAGUAUUGUAAACCCCAGGGACAGUUUUUCUGUACCAGAACCACUGCAUUAAGCCCUAGUAGUUGUGCAGCUUAGGGUGUCCUUUGAGAUUUUCCUACAAAACUCUUUUACGUGGAGUCCGCUAUACACAGCGUACCUUAGCUCAGUGAUGGCAACUUUGUGAUGACCACAUCUAAUGACUGAGACUGCAAAGAGUUCAUAUCUUGAAAGAUUCAUGUGAACUCUGACCCUGUAAUAAAUGAGAAUUAAAAUUCCCCAAUUGAGGCCAAAUUAGCUGUACUGUAAACAUACCUAACUUGGAGAAUCUUCAUUUUGGCUAUUUAGGCCUAAGUUUUAAAUGGUUUAAUUCCAAACAAUUCACACUUCAUUAAAUAACUGUGCAUGCCCUACCUAGUACUCCCUUCCCUAAACUGAAUAUGCUGUGAUGCAGUAUAUGGAAUUGAUGUGAUCCCCGUGAGAAAUUAAUUAAUUGCAAUUAUAAUGAAUUGCUUGAUCUGGUAAUCCUAUUCUCCUAGAAUAAUAAUGAUGCUGUGUUUGUCUUGGGUGGAUCACUAUAUAAUCCCAUAUCUAUAAAUUCUUAAUAUACGAUGUUAGAAGCCGUCACAAUAUCAUUGUGUGGAGUUAGAAAUAAUCCGAUAAUGGUUCCAUAGAGUGAAUUGUACAGUUCCUUAAAGGGACUCUCCAGUGCCAGGAAAACAAACCGUUUUCCUGGUACAGCAGGUCCCCUCUCCCUCUCACCCCCCAUCCCAGGUUGCUGAGGGGUUAAAACCCCUUCAGUGACUUACCUGUAUCCAGUGCCGAUGUCCCCCGGCGGUGGGUCAGGGUCCGCCCACGCUCCUCCCCCGCCGGGGAGACCAUUGAGCAUGUGCGGCUGGGCAGACCUAAUGCGCAUGCACCGCAAUGCCGCGCACGCGCAUUAGACCUCCCCAUAGGAAAGCAUUGAAUAAUGCUAUCAAUGCUUUCCUAUAGGGAUUUCAGCGACGCUGGAGGUCCUCACAUAGUGUUAUUCUAUGAACACGGAAGCGUCCUCUAAAGCCACUAAAGGAGGACUUAACCCUUCAAGGUAAAUAUUGCAGUUUAUGAAAACUGCAAUAAUUACACUUGUAGGGUUAAGGGUAGUGGGAGUUGGCACCCAGGCCACUCCAAUGGGCAGAAGUGGUCUGGGUGCCUGGAGUGUCCCUUUAAAAAUCUCACCUUUUUGGCUUUUCAUCCUUUCGUAUAAUAACACAGAUAAAGGGAAACUGUCACUUCCUAGUAAUUUAAUGUUAUGUUUAUUUAUCCCUUUAUCUAACAAAAAUGUGUUUCCGAGAUCUGAAAAAUGAAAUUAAAGUAACACUCAAAACACUUAAAGCAGUUUAGCUUGCUAAAAUGGUUUGUGUGAAGAAAAAGUGCAGGUUUCAAUUGGCAGAUUUAUAAAUUAAUAUUGUUACACCCCUUCCGUCUGUCAAUCAGACAACGGUCCUGUUACUUCCUGGUUUGUUUAUCUCAAAUUGAGCUACAUUGGGAAGUCUGAUUGGACAGCCACAGAAAGUCUGACCUGGAGAAGAAGAGGAGUACUUGCAAAGACUGCAGACAAGAGAACUGCAGCUUUUGCCAGCUCUUUUUAGAUAUGACCCCAACAAAUGCAUGUAUGUUUUCAUUGGUGUAUCUACAAAAUAGGGAUGGCUAUUUUUUGUUUUAUAAUUUGUAGAGUGUUGCUUUAAAUCUAGAAACCACAUUACUGUAUUUACCUCUAUCCUGGAACUAAAUACCUCCAUCGUGGACCCCUGCAAAUCAGGGGUGUUUCUAGGAUUAAAAAAUAUACAGUGGGCUUGAGCCCAAAUAAUUUUGUGUCCCCUUCCUAAAGCGCCACCCUUUGCCCCUCCCAAAAUACCACCCCUUGCUCUUCCCACCAAUUACCCCUUAACACACCUCUUGACACAAUCACACACUGGAGGUAGAGUGCCUCCAUCAGAAUCUGUUGUUCCCGCUGUCUCGCCCUCGGCCUCCUCGCUCCUCAAUCCCCACCAUCACACUUUCCAAUUACUGACGACCUACCCCUCCCAAAUGCUUGUUUCUCUUGCUCAUUUGCAUCAUGUGCCCUGGCUGUGCCAGGAUUUUAACUGAGCAGUAUUGCUUUUUUCAAUUCUAACAGUGUAUCACAUGGAAAAAAGGUUAACACAAGAUAUAGGUAGUUUUCAUAUUCUUAUUCAAUGGUGUCAUUUUAACAAAUGUGAUGGGUUCUCUUUGAAAGGAGACAAAGCACUGACACCUACUUUGGGUAGUGUAGCAGUCUUCCAUGGUUACUCAGUGCUGCCCUCAGCUAUUAUUUUUGGAAAACAGUUAACAAGUUAGAAAGCAGCUUUGUUGGCAAUCAAAUUAAAAUCUGCCGCUAGCGUCUUAAGAAAAGGGAGUAUUAUCACCCUUCCCAGGGUAUUCUAAUGCAGUUACAGACCAGUUACCUGUGGUUAGAGAUAAGGCCUCACUUCCCCUGCCCAGAGAAGAGAGUUUUGGCACAGAUUACUUGUAUUUAGUUGUCUUAACCAAAGUCAGCAGGAUCAACCUGGAUAUGCCCCUGGUACAUCCAUAAUCUGUGAAUUUAGUUCUCCAGAAUGACCAAGUGUAUUCUUUGAAGGAAAGUAUCACAAAUUGUCACCUCACUGGGGUCAACUAUGUUGAUUUACUCUGCAGGUUUAUUAUGCCCUGGUGACGUAUGUUGACCAUUUUAGAAAUGUUGAUAUAUCCUGGCUAUUUUAGAAGAAAGAAGUAGGGAGGUGAUCCAGAAAAAUGUAUCUCACAGGGCAGAGCUCUGCUGUUUCAAAAUGUCCCACUAUCUCCAGUUCUGUCUAUAUAAGGAAGUCAAAUGUGAUUAAGCUGAUUGAUCAAGACUGUGUUGACAUGAAAGCAUUGGAGUGGGUAUAUUUUAGAUAUAUGUACAUAGUAAUACUACUUUUGUUUUUUUUUGUUUUCUGCAGGCCAUGGAGUUCAGUUCCAAAGACCUGGCUUUACAGGCACAGAAGAAGAUACUCAGCCGUGUGGCCACCAAGUCGAUGGUCAACAUGUUCAUUGAUGAGACCAGCAGCGAAGUUCUAGAUGAGCUGUACAGGGUUUCCAAAGAGUACACAAAGAAUAAGACAGAGUCACAAAAAGUCAUCAAGGACUUGAUAAAGGUGGCGGUCAAAAUAGGUGUAUUGUAUCGACACAACCGUUUCAGUCCCGAGGAGCUGGUGUUGGCCAAUGAUUUCAAGAACAAGUUGCACAAUGGAGCCAUGACUGCCAUUAGCUUUUAUGAAGUGGAAUUCACUUUUGAGAAAGGCGUUUUGCCUCAGAUACUUAUGGAGUGUAAAAACUUACUUCUUCGUCUUGUGGAGAAACAUCUGACACCUAAAUCACUUGGGCGAAUCCAACAUGUUUUCAAUCACUUUGCAGAUCAAGAGAUGCUGACCCAGCUCUACAACCCAAAGGGGGAAUUACGACCCCAUCUGCAGAAAAUCUGCAAUGGAAUGAACAAACUAAUUGACGAAGGCAAAUUGUGAAGAGAUAUGUAAAUAAUGCAAUGAGGGAACAAAGGAAGUACGCAUGAGGUUUCUGGCCCAGUUAUGCGUGGACCUUGAGAGACAAUAAUGCUUCUUAAUUAAUUGAAGCUCCAUGCCAAAGGGACACAUAGGCUGCAUUGCAAUAACAGCUGGGCUACUAUUGUACAGCAAGCCAUGGAUAUAAUAUUGCACAUUUUAACAGGCGUGCUAUUUUAUUUUUGUAUUCAGGCUGUUUAUAAAAGUUUAAAUUAAGAUAAAAUAUAUAUGGGGGAAAAAGAGGAACUCUUUUAUUAAGCAUAUUGAGACUCCAGAAGAAACCAGAAGGUCACAUCAGUUUCCAGUACUUCUUAAGAAAAAAAUAUAUAUAUAUGUGUGUGUGUGUUUUAAAUAUAUAAGAUCAGUUUUACAUUUCUAAAUGUUCUGGUUAUCUGACACUGGAGUUUUGAACCAUGUUGUGUUCACAUUUUAACUGCUCAGCACAAAUCUUGCAGAUUGGCAUAAACAUUAUAUUAAAAUGCUCUGUGGACCUUGUACGUUUGGCCAAUCAAAGGUUUUUUUUUUUUUUUUUUCUGUUUGUUUGUAUCUGUUUUGUUCAAAAUGUUGAGAAAGACGUUGCCAAGUUUUACUUCCCUUUAUGAUGAAAUACAGAUUUUAUUUUGAUGUAAGAUUGUGUGUAGUUUCAGGACAUCCUGUAAUAUUUCGUUUCAGUCAGUAAUGUAAAAUGUAUGUAAUUUUCAUGCUAUCUUAAAAGAUACAUGUAGUUUCCAAAUGUCCUGGGAUGUGCAUGUACUUUCAGACUGCCCUGUACCAUACAUGUAGUUUUAGCCUGUUUUCUAACACAUAUACUUACAGAUUGUUUGAUGUAUGUAGUUUUAUAACAUCAUAUAGGAUACAAACUAUUCAGUAACAUCCAAGUAGUUUCAGACUGUCCUGUAAGAUACAUGCAGUUUCUCUCUGUCCUGUAAGAUACAUGCAGUUUCACCCUGUCCUGUAAGAUACAUGCAGUUUCACCCUGUCCUGUAAGAUACAUGCAGUUUCACCCUGUCCUGUAAGAUACAUGCAGUUUCAGGCUGUCCUGUAAGAUACAUGCAGUUUUACUCUGUCCCUUAAGAUACAUGCAAUUUCACCCUGUCCUGUAAGAUACAUGCAGUUUCAGGCUGUCCUGUAAGAUACAUGCAGUUUCAGGCUGUCCUGUAAGAUACAUGCAGUUUCACCCUGUCCUGUAAGAUACAUGCAGUUUCAGACUGUCCUGUAAGAUACAUGCAGUUUCAGGCUGUCCUGUAAGAUACAUGCAGUUUCAGACUGUCCUGUAAGAUACAUGCAGUUUCAGGCUGUCCUGUAAGAUAUAUGCAGUUUCAUGCUGUCCUGUAAGAUACAUGCAGUUUCAGGCUGUCCUGUAAGAUACAUGCAGUUUCAGACUGUCCUGUAAGAUACAUGCAGUUUCAGACUGUCUUGUAAGAUACAUGCAGUUUCACCCUGUCCUGUAAGAUAUAUGCAGUUUCACCCUGUCCUCUAAGAUGCAUGCAGUUUCAGGCUGUCCUGUAAGAUACAUGUAGUUUCAGACUGUCCUGUAAGAUACAUGCAGUUUCAGACUGUCUUGUAAGAUACAUGCAGUUUCAGACUGUCCUGUAAGAUAUAUGCAGUUUCAGGCUGUCCUG